UAUUUCGCGCUCAGAAGCUGCAAGACCAUAUUCCGCAUUUUCACCUCUACACGCUCACAGAGGCACGCGAAGGGCUCUUCGAUCCUCCUUUGCCUUCGGUUUUUCUCCAGUCUCUCUCAUCGGCGAUUUGGUUUCUUCGGUCGGAGCCAUGACCGACGGCCAUCUCUUCAACAACAUCUCUCUUGGCGGUCGCGGAGGCACGAACCCUGGACAGCUUAAGAUUUACUCUGGAGGUAUUUUAUGGAAGAAGCAAGGAGGUGGUAAGGCUGUGGAAGUCGAUAAAUCUGAUAUUGUAGAUGUCAACUGGAUGAAGGUUCCGAGGACAAAUCAGUUGGGUGUUAAAACCAAAGAUGGGUUGUACUAUAAGUUUGUUGGAUUUAGGGAUCAGGAUGUUGCAAGUUUGACCAACUUUUUCCAGAACACAUGUGGGAUAACGCCUGAAGAGAAACAACUAUCUGUCAGUGGUCGCAAUUGGGGAGAAGUGGAUUUAAAUGGCAAUGCACUGACAUUUAUGGUAGGAGGAAAGCAAGCGUUUGAAGUUUCCCUAGCUGAUGUUUCACAGACUCAGCUUCAAGGGAAAAAUGAUGUCAUCCUGGAGUUUCAUGUUGAUGAUACCGCCGGUGCCAAUGAAAAAGACUCUUUGAUGGAGAUAAGUUUCCACAUUCCCAAUUCCAACACGCAGUUUGUUGGUGACGAAAAUCGCCCCCCUGCUCAAGUCUUUCGUGACAAAAUCUUGUCUAUGGCUGAUGUUGCUCCUGGAGCUGAAGAAGCUGUUGUUACAUUCGAAAGUAUUGGAAUUCUCACACCCAGGGGUCGGUACAAUGUGGAACUUCACCUUUCAUUUUUACGUCUGCAAGGUCAAGCUAAUGACUUCAAAAUCCAAUACAGCAGUGUUGUCCGGCUGUUUUUACUUCCAAAGUCAAACCAGCCGCACACAUUUGUUGUUAUUUCUCUUGAUCCACCAAUCAGGAAAGGUCAAACAUUGUACCCUCAUAUCGUGAUGCAGUUUGAAACUGACUUUGUUGUCCAAAGCAAACUAUCAAUUAGUGAUGAUCUUUUGAAUGCGAAGUAUAAGGACAAGUUGGAGCCGAGCUAUAAGGGCCUCAUCCAUGAAGUAUUCACUACAGUACUGCGUGGGUUAUCCACUGCAAAGGUUACAAAACCUGGGAAGUUCCGCAGUGCCCAGGAUGGGUAUGCUGUGAAAUCAUCUCUCAAAGCAGAAGAUGGUGUCCUCUAUCCACUUGAGAAGGGCUUCUUCUUUUUACCUAAACCUCCAACGCUUAUACUUCAUGAUGAGAUUGACUAUGUGGAGUUUGAAAGGCAUGCUGCCGGUGGAUCAAACAUGCAUUACUUUGAUCUUCUUAUAAGACUGAAAACUGAGCAAGAACAUCUGUUCCGGAAUAUUCAGAGGAAUGAGUAUCACAAUCUUUUCGACUUCAUGAGCUCUAAGGGAUUGAAGAUUAUGAACCUUGGAGGUGCGGGAACUGCAGAUGGUGUGGCUGCUGUUCUUCGGGACGACGAUGAUGAUGCAGUCGAUCCUCAUCUUGAGCGUAUCAAGAACCAAGCUGCCGAUGAGAGUGAUGAGGAGGAUGAAGACUUUGUGGCAGAGGGAGGGGAUGAUGGUGGUUCACCGACCGAUGAUUCUGAGGAGGGAGAAUCAGAUGCUAGUGACAGAGAAGGAGAGAAGGAGAAAUCUAGCAAGAAGGAAACAAAGAAAGAGGCAGCAUCUUCGUCCAAAGGGUUGCCACCUAAGAAGAAGCCAAGAGAAGGAGGGGAAGACAGUGGGAAGAAGAAGAAGCAGAAGAAGAAGAAAGAUCCAAAUGCUCCAAAGAGAGCAAUGUCUGGGUUCAUGUUCUUCUCUCAGAUGGAAAGAGAGAACAUAAAGAAGAGCCACCCGGGAAUAGCGUUUGGAGAGGUGGGGAAGGUGCUCGGAGACAAGUGGAGGCAGAUGUCAGCGGAGGAAAGAGAGCCGUAUGAAGCAAAGGCAAGAGCAGACAAGAAGCGGUACAAAGAUGAGAUAAGUGGGUACAAAAACCCUCAGCCUAUGAACAUCGAUGACUCUGGCAACGACUCUGACAGCCACUGAUCGGUAAUAUCUAAUAUUCCACAGUGCCCUUCACUUUUUAGACUUUGAAGCCGCCCUGUUCAACAACACAACAAAAACGCAGGGUUCACCUUUGGGUGCAUCCUUGUUUGUGUCCUUAGCUCAUGUAUGUUGAAAUUUGACAUUCGAUCUUUCAGACGCAUAUAAAUUAGAAAGGUUUUUAUAGUUAUGAAAUGGGUUUUCGAGGUUCAACUUA